AUUUGAUCUUUCUGCAAUGCCGCUAUAUAUCUGUUAACAUGGCACUUUCAGGUCAAAUUGUCUCGCAAAGUUUAUUGUCCACACCAGAUUUUAGGAGUCGCCAAAGCAUUCUGCUAUUGAAAACUCCAAAUGCAAAAAUCACCAAACUAAAUGAACAAAAACUCAAAAUAGGAAGUAUCAGGAGCAGACAGAGGUCCUUGAUCGCGCAUUCAAUGGUCAAUCCUGAAAUUGGCAAACGUUCACUUUCACCAUCCGACACAAUCGAAACAUUCUACGCCAGCAUAAAUAACAAGGACCCGAACCAACUGUCCUUGCUCAUAUCUGAAGAUUGUUUCUUUGAUGAUUUCUCAUUCCCUCAAUCAUUUCAAGGGAGAAAGGAGGCUUUAAAAUUUCUGGAACAACUAACCACGAGCAUGCGCCAAGACGCAGAAUUAAGCAUAGAUAACAUUUAUGAAGGUGUUGAUCUUACAGCAAUUGUAAAAUGGCAUUUAGAGUGGAAGAAGAAAGAAGUUCCCUUCACAAGAGGUUGCAGUUACUAUGAAUUAUCAAGAGAUGGAGAACAACUACUCAUUAAGAAUGCUCAAGUUAUUUCAGAAUCAUCUAUGAUACCAAGAAUUUUGGCGGUGUUCAAUAUGGUAACUUCAGUAUUUGACGACGUCCCUAAGGCUGCUAGGAGGUUUCUAAAGAACCACCAAGAUACAGUUCAAAUGUUACUAAACGUUUGCAGGAAUGCUCAAGUUAUUUCAGAAUCAUCUAUGCUACCAAGAAUUUUGAUGGCGCUCAAUAUGGUAACUUCAGUAUUUGACGACUUUCCUGAGGCUGCUAGGAGGUUUCUAAAGAACCACCAAGAUACAGUUCAAAUGUUACUAAAUACUUACAAGAUUGUUCUGCAACCAUUCAUCAGUCCAAUUCUUGCAUGGUACAAAAAGUUGUGGACAUUAGCAAUCACCUUUGUUGGACUCAUAAACAAGUUUUAUUUAUUUAUUUAUUUUUUAUUUUAUUUUUUUUAUUAUUUUUUUUUAUUAUUUUUUAUAAACAAGUUAGUGCAGUUCAUUAUGAAGAAUUUCAAAGAGUAGAACAGAGUCACAGAGAAAAUCCUAAGCCCGGUCCAGUACUAUAUAAAUGCCAUAGCUAAUUGAUCUAACCAAAUUCCCCAAGAACCCAAGUUUGAGAAUUUUGGCUAUUCUUAAGCUUGUGGGUAUGAAUUGUUCAGCGCAUGGGUGACAUUAACGAGUGAUUUGAAUGCGUGAUUUACUUGUGACGUCAAAUUCACAAAUUCAGGAUUUUGUCAUGGAAUUUGACUCGUGGAACUUGAAACUUUUUACAAUACUUCCUCUGUUCCAAUUUAUGUGACACUUUUCCUCUUUUAGUCUGUCUAGAAAGAGAGACAUAUUUCAGUAUUCAGUAACUACUUUGCUUUAAACUUUCUAUUCUACUUUAAUAUGUUAAUUUAUAUAGCCGCACAAUAUAGAUGGAUUAUUUUAGACUACAAGCUUUUUUUAAAAAAAAAAAAAUCAUUCUUACAUUCAUGCCUAGUCAGAUACUAUCAAAUAAAUUGGGAUGGAAGGAAUAAUUAUUUUAAAAUACAAGGCCAAAAAGGAGCUAGUGAAUGCUAUUUUCAUCGAAGUCAUAAUCGUUAUGGCUUGAGAGUGAGAAUCUAAUCUCUGUAUGUGAUUUCUCUAAAAAGCUAAUAUGUCAAAUGUUAGACAAAACUCACGUAAAGAGUAUUUCAAAAAGUUGUUUUGUGACUUUGUACAUGUAGGGACAAGCAUAUGUGGUACGAUCUGUAAUGAUCUAAAAUAAGGAAGCGUAUUCCUAUUAUCUAGCCUAACAACAAAAAGAGAAGAGGAAGAAUGGAGUGGGCGCUGGGAACAGAAUCUCCAAAAAGACAAAGCAAAGAGCUUUAAUUAAUCUCAUUAUAUAUAUAUAUAUAUAUAUAUAUAUAUAUAUACGAUUAUUUAUGGAUUAAGAAUAUGAUUAUUUAUUUUUGAGAUUAAAUUGUGAUACUGCAACUUGGAUGUGG